CGAGCGGCGCGGGACGCCGAGUGUAGCCAUGCAGAGAACCGCCUCCGAGCAGCCGCACAAGCGGCCCCGGCGUGAGGGCGAGCCCCGCACGCCGCCAAACACCCCUUCCGCAGCGGCGGCCAGGGACGCGGAUCCCGAACUCCCCUCCGACGGCCGGACCUGGAACGCGGAGCAGGUGUGCUGCUUCCUAAAGCGCAAUGGCUUCAAGGAUCCCGCGCUGCUGGACCGCUUUCGAGAAAAGAAUAUCACAGGUUCAUUACUGCUCUAUCUUGAUGAGUCUCAUCUUGAUAACCUGGGAAUAAGUCCCCUGUGGGAGAGAAAGAAGCUGCUUAAUUCUAUCGGACUGAUUCAAACUCAUGGUGAUAGAGUGAAGGUAAUUAAUGAUCCUAUCCAUGGCCAUAUUGGAUUUCACCCUCUCCUUAUCCGAAUCAUCGACACACCUCAAUUUCAACGGCUUCGAUAUAUUAAACAGUUGGGAGGCGCUUACUAUGUUUUCCCAGGAGCUUCACACAAUCGAUUUGAACACAGUCUAGGUGUAGGAUAUCUAGCAGGAUGUCUAGUCCGAGAACUGAGUGAAAAACAACCAGAGCUGCAGAUAAGUGAACGUGACAUGCUCUGUGUUCAGAUUGCUGGGCUUUGUCAUGAUCUCGGUCAUGGGCCAUUUUCUCACAUGUUUGAUGGAAGAUUUAUUCCACUUGCUCGCCAAGAUGUGAAAUGGAAGCAUGAACAGGGCUCCGUUGACAUGUUUGAGUACCUCAUUAAUUCUAACGAUCUCAGACCCGUCAUGGAGCGCUAUGGCCUCAUCCCUGAAGAAGAUAUUUGCUUUAUCAAGGAACAAAUUACAGGACCACGUGAAUCACCAGUCAAAGGAUCAUCAUGGCCAUAUAUAGGCCGUCCUAAAGAGAAAAGCUUCCUUUAUGAGAUAGUGGCCAAUAAAAGAAAUGGCAUUGAUGUGGACAAAUGGGAUUAUUUUGCCAGGGACUGCCAUCAUCUUGGAAUUCAAAAUAGUUUUGAUUAUAAGCGCUUUCUUAAGUUUGCCCGUGUCUGUGAAGUAGAUAAUAGUCUGCAUAUUUGUACUAGAGAUCAGGAGAUUGGGAAUCUAUAUGACAUGUUCCAUAUACGCAACUCUUUACACCGUAGAGCUUAUCAACACAAAGUUGGCAACAUCAUUGAUUAUAUGAUUACAGAUGCUUUCCUUGAAGCAGACCCCUACAUAGAGAUUACAGGUUCUGAAGGAAAAAAAUGUCGCAUUUCUACAGCAAUUGAUGACAUGGAAGCCUUCACUAAGCUAACAGAUAACAUUUUUCUGGAGAUUUUACACUCUACUGAUCGCAGAUUGGAUGCCGCACGAGAGAUUUUAAAAAAAAUUGAAUGCCGUAAUCUAUACAAGUACGUGGGUCAGACUCAGCCAGACAAAGAGAGAAUUAAAAAGGAAGACUGUGGAAAGUUUUCAAAAGAGAUUGCCGAUGCCAAACCUGAUAUACCACCUCUGCAAGUUGAACUGAAGGCUGAAGAUUUCAUAGUGGAUGUUAUCAACAUGGAUUAUGGAAUGGAAGACAAGAAUCCUAUUGAUAAUGUUCGCUUCUAUUGUAAGGCUGACCUCAACAAAGCCAUCAGGAUUAGUAAAGAACAGGCUUCACAGCUUUUGCCAAAGAAAUUUGAAGAACAGCUAAUUCGAGUAUAUUGUAAGAAGACGGAUGAUCAGAGUAUGUAUGCUGCACAACAACAUUUUGUUAAUUGGUGCAAAAUCAGAAAUUUCACCAAGCCGCAGGAUGGUGAUGUUAUAGCCCCACAUAUAACACCUCUAAAAGUGGAGUGGAAUUACCCGUUUGAAACUCACACCCGAAGAGCAUCCAAAAGCCUUUUUCAGGAUGACUGUGUGUGAAUGCCUGCAGUCAUUUCUUUACAAAAACUCCUCUCCCCAGCACAAUUAAUUAAUUGAGGGAAUUGGAUCAUAUAGUUCUACAAAUUUAGUGACAGCAAGUGCUUUUUAUUUUAUAUUUUGAAUGUAUACCUAUGCUGAGCCAAACAAUUUUUAUUCAAAGAAACUAGAAGGUAUUGUGCAAAUCUUGCUCUACAUGCUAUGAAGAAUAUUAUCUUGCCUAUUUUUAGUAUUAAUUAAAGCCUUUCUCUUUUAGUAGUCUAUUUUCUUAGAAUAACAAUUCUUUUAUAUAUAUAUAUAUACUCUGAACUUUUGGGGCAUAUGAUUGUUUUUUAAAAAAGAAAAUUGGAAAUGAUACAAGGGUACACAUUGGAAUUUGAAAUUGGGAUUGUCAUGAACAGCCAUGGUUAAAAACCAAACACAAAACCCUAGCCCCUAAGGAGGUAUCACCUUGAGAAUAGCUUGCCUUAAGUGAUCUAAGCAUUAGUGAAGGACACCUUUCCUCACUCUUUUAGCCAAGUUGGGGGAAACGGAGAUGAGAACCAGGAGUGGGCUCCAGCUCUCCGUUGAGAAGCCUGAUUAAAUUAUUGAAAAGAUCUGAGGGCUCUGGCCUCUGAAGUAGGACAUAAAAUACCUUUUAGGAGACCCUGCCCUCAGUGGCAGAGGGAUCCCCCAAACCAGGCUGUUCUCUGGGUCAGUCGUGGCUCCAGACUAGGCAGUUUGUUUCUCUCCUGAAUACUCACUGCCCAAGUCUUGGCUUUACCACCGCCCAGCCUGGGAAAGGAGGCUCCAACCUGCUCUUACAUCUCAGGAACACUCCUUGGGGCUGCCCAGAGUUGGGACUUUGUUGGUGCUGGUUCAGUGCACUUUACGGUUUUAAAGCAAAGACUGAGCUGCCCAUGCUAAGAUGAGUGAUUACCCAGUGAAUUCCAGGUUCCCCUUUGUAAAUGGAUUUCCUUACCUCCAGCAGUGGAGUGGACACCCCUGCGGUUGAGCAGUGCUCCUGUGCUGAGCACCGUGCCCCCCCCCCCACAAACACACCUUUCCAGUUGUACAGAAAUUCACAAAGAGCAAAGUCUUAGAGCUAAUGAAGAGUAGAGUAGCUAAAACCCUUCUCUCACUACCCCUGUGAUGCUGUGCGGUGAGGAUGUGUUCACAGGUGGGCUCAGAGAAGCAGAGGUGAAGUCAGUCAUGGCACUGGGUCAUACCUGUUUUGGCCAACGUGCCUCUAAAACAUCUGGUGGGGAGAACUCUAGGCCUCAGACUUCGUGUACCCAGACCCACGGUUAAGAAUGUAAUGUUUCUCUGCUCAUUUUGUUUUAUGUCUGCAACUCCUACCUUUAAAUCAUUGUGGUUUCCUUUGGAAUUUCGUAGUCCCAACUGUGUCAUUGUGCUGAGAAAUAACUUAAAUCUAUUGCAUAUAAGGCAGCGGCACUUUAUGCUUUUUACAGUUGUUUUAAUGAUGAGAACCAUGUAUCAUUUAUAAGGUCAGAUUUAUUUUAAGAAACAUCUUCAUUGUAUAAAAAUGGAGAUGUAAACAGCUUAGCCUCUGAAGUUACUGAAUGUUAUCACCUUGAUGUAAACAGAACUACAAGUUUUAAUGACUGUUUAAUUUGGAUAAGGGAAAUACCUGCAAUAAAGCUUCAUAAUGUAUCUGCACCUUGAAA